CACCAUUUUUCGACGUUGCACUUCUCAGAAGCAAAUACACAAUGAAAGUUCUUGUGGCACUUUGUUUCGUCGCGGCCGUCGCCCAGGCCAUCAAUGUGGACUGGAACACAAUCAGACCCAUCGAAAUCUUCCCACAAGACUUGGCAGGUCCUUUGACCGAGAGCCUUAAGGAGGUCAAAAACCUGGACCCAUCCCGUAUCGUUGGAGGAGAAGAAGCUACGCCUGGACAGUUCCCAUAUCAAAUUGGUUUGUUCUCAACCGACGCCUCGGGUUCGACCGGAUUCUGCGGAGGUUCCAUCCUGAACGCAGAGUGGGUUCUGACUGCAGCUCAUUGCGUCGACGUUGCCGUAUCAGCAGAAGUCGUUCUUGGAGCUCAGUACAUCCGCGAAGACGAAUCAACACAGGUGGUACUCCAGGUUGCAGAAAUCAUUGUUCACGAGAACUGGGACACCAGAAACAUCAGGAACGACCUUGCGUUGCUGCGCCUUCCCAGCCCUAUUCAAUUCUCUGAACGCAUCCAACCCAUUCGUCUGCCAAGUCGUUCCCAGGUUGGAGAAACCUUCGCCAGCGACACCGGAAUCGUAUCUGGAUGGGGAAGGGACUCCGAUUCGUCCAGCAGCAUCAGCCCUGUUCUCCGCUGGACCCAGAACCCUAUUAUCACUAACUUUGUGUGCACCCGGUACUACUUCUUCAGCGUUACCAGCUCUCAGAUCUGUUUGUCUGGCAGGGGAGGUCGUUCAUCGUGCAACGGAGACUCUGGUGGCCCAUUGGUGGUGACUGACAGCGAUGGUGAAAUAACCCAGGUUGGUGUUGUUUCCUUUGGAAUAGCUCUAGGAUGCGCUGUUGGAUGGCCGGGAGUUUACGUACGCGUGACCGAUUACUUGGACUGGAUUGAGACCAACACUGGAGGAUCUGUCGCUAUCAGGAAUUGAUUACUAACUAAAAAACAUGGACUCCUUCACCGAAAGGUGUAAUGCGAGAUGACUUAAUCUCGAAUAAAAUUUUAUCCCACUG